AUGUCGUGCCCCAAUGGUGCGUCGGUCGGAUUACCAAUGUACAAUCUCCAGGAUCAAGUGCAAACCCCAAGUUCCCACCUGUUGACCGUCAAUGGGCACCGACAUUCUCCCAUGUUUUUGGAAGUGGCAGAGGAUGUGGUUGACACUAGCUAUUCUCCGGUUUCACUUGAGCAAGAAGAAGUCGUGGUUAAUAAUGGAUCAAGUAUUCCUGACAAUCCGGAGGCGGAUACGCCAGAUUCAACCCUUCCGAUGAACAGCGCAUCCAUGGCCGGCUCGGAGUCCCGCAAGAACAGCUCGUCCACCCGGUUUUACCAUCCUUACAUGACCAAAACUAGCAUGCAGGGAGAUGUUUACAACUUUUUGGAAAGACCGAGCGGCUGGAAGUGCUUCCUUUACCAUUUCGCUGUGUUCUUGAUGGUGUUGAUUUGCUUGAUCUUCAGUGUACUAUCUACCAUUGAUCAUUAUGCUGACUUUGCAACUGGAACUUUGUUUUGGAUGGAGAUAGUGUUAGUAGUUUUUUUCGGUGCAGAAUAUAUGGUACGAUUAUGGUCUGCAGGCUGCAGAAGUAAAUAUAUUGGUGUUAAAGGAAGGAUUCGGUUUGCCAGGAAACCUAUUUCCAUUAUAGAUCUGAUUGUAGUGAUUGCAUCCAUUAUAGUGCUCAGUGUCGGAUCAAAUGGUCAGGUGUUUGCCACAUCUGCCAUCAGGGGUAUUCGAUUCCUUCAGAUCUUACGGAUGCUGCAUGUGGAUCGACAGGGUGGCACUUGGAGACUUUUAGGCUCUGUCGUUUUCAUUCAUCGUCAGGAACUCAUAACAACACUGUACAUCGGUUUUCUGGGUCUGAUCUUCUCCUCCUAUUUUGUAUAUUUGGCUGAGAAAGAUGCAGUUGAUGAAAAGGGAAAGACUGGGUUUGGUAGUUAUGCUGAUGCCUUGUGGUGGGGUGUGGUCACAGUUACAACAAUUGGAUACGGUGACAAAGUUCCGCAGACGUGGAUUGGGAAGACAAUAGCAUCUUGCUUCUCUGUCUUUGCUAUAUCUUUCUUUGCACUUCCAGCAGGUAUACUGGGAUCUGGAUUUGCUCUCAAAGUCCAACAGAAACAACGUCAGAAACAUUUCAGUCGGCAGAUACCAGCUGCAGCCUCCCUCAUUCAGACCUUAUGGCGAUGUUAUGCUGCAGAGAAAACCCAUAGCUCCACAGCUACUUGGAAGAUGUAUAUAAUGCCUCCUGAUUACAUUUCCAAAACAUCAGCAACACCAUCCAGUCCAAAUAUGAGGAAACAGGUGAAGAAAUAUAAAAGAAAAUGCAAAGUGGGACGUGAUAAUGAGACCGCUUUCAUGAUGAAUAUUGGAGAAAAUGCAUUAUCAGUACCACAGAUAACUUAUGACCAUAUUGAUGAAAAAGAUGAGAAGAAAGAAGUCAAUUAUUUUAUUGAUGAACCCACAGGUCAACAGCUUUCCUGGUCUCCCUUAACCAUCUGUACCUCAAGCUGCCCCUCAUCACCAGUGAGAAAAAGUGUUACUGAAGAAAACCCAAGUGACAUUUCACGGACCAACAGCUUUACUGAUGAAAUGGAUUUGAUGGGUGAAGAAUCACCAUUGCCUGUGGUGACAGAUGUAUUACACUGCUUGACAAGUCCUUUGUAUGUAAGGGUCUUGGAAUCACAGGCAACAAGGCAACUCAAUUCAACAAGAUUAUCAGAAGCACACAGAGCUGCCAUAAAGGUUAUUCGACGAAUGCAAUAUUUUGUUGCCAGGAGAAAAUUUCAGCAAGCUCGAAAACCAUAUGAUGUGCGAGAUGUAAUUGAACAAUAUUCCCAGGGGCACUUGAAUAUGAUGGUCCGGAUCAAAGAACUACAAAGAAGGUUGGAUCAUUCUUUGGGAAAACCUGCAUUCUUUCUUUCAGAAAAGGGACUAGACAAAGGUUACUACACUGCAGGAGCCAGACUGAUCCGUCUGGAAGAUAAGGGAAUUAUGAGGUCAUUUUCUGUUGGAAAUUGA